CUCAAGACAUGCAUAAGGUCAUACUAAGGCUUUCAACUUCAAGGCUGGAGAGUCGCCUACCUCCAUAAGCACUAUCUCUGCAAUGUUUGUAGACGACAGGCACCAAUGACCUACAAAUACAGGGUGAACCCCGCUAAAGCUUUGAUCCAUUAUUACGCAAGUGACCCUUUGUUUCCCAAACCUGGCCGCUUUGACCACAGCCGUGCUCUCAAAGGAAUGAGCUACCUACAGCAAAAGCCCUGCCGCGCCAAAACAGCCGGGUGCGGCGCCUAAAAGUUUCCCACCUAGCGGGUGGGGGCACAUGGAGUCCGCCCCCAGGUCCUGGGCGGAGGCGCGGGAGCAGCUGCUGCAGGAGCUGCACGCGCAGGCACAGGGGCGCACGUCACCACCCGCUGGGCCAUCUCCGGCGCCGGCGACGUCGGGGGGUGGCACUGCCAAGCCAACAGCCGACCCCGGGGGGACACCGCCACGGCGCUCACAGGCAGGGGCUGCGGGGACGGGCGAACCUCCUGAUGGACCCAACGCCUCGCCAGGCCGCAGCCGCCGCCGCUCCGUCAAGAAUGCAGCCGUCGGGUUGCCCUACCUCCAGCCGCUGCCUUCGGCAGGCACCGCCGCCGCCGCCGCGCCUCCGCCGACAACGGCAUCCAUCCCGGCCGCAGCCGCGGCACAGCUGAACCAGUACUUGCAAGACCUGCCGCCCACGACAGACGCCGCCGCAGCCACCACCGCCGCAGCCAUCGGCUCGGGCUCCGCGCCCGCUGCCGCGUCCGACGACGCCGCCGCCCGGCCGCACCGCCUAAGCGUGGGCCACCUGGUUCACGGCCCGCCGCCGUACGCACAGCACAGCAGCCAGCCGCACUCCCAGCUACGGCAUUCCCGCAGCGGUGUGGGCGCGGGAGCGGGCGCGGGUGCCAGUGCCGCCGACGGCGGCUACGGGCUCGGGCUGGGCGGUGAGGGGCCUCUGGAGCGGCUUGCGGAGGGGGCGGAGCUGGGCGAGCCGGGGCAAGGGCCGGCGCCGCGGGCGAGGCGCGUAUCACGGGCGGACGGGCGAAAGGUGACUGGGGAUGUCGCCAUCGUGGCCUCGCGCCCCCGCGGCCCGCGCCUGUCGUACGGGGCCGGCUACGGGGUGGGCGGCGACGGCCAGGCGCCGCCAUCCUCGGGGCCAGCCUCGUCGGCAGCAGGGCUGGCGGCGGGCAGGCUAGGGCCAGGAGGCGAGCCGCGGUCGGGGGCUGCCGGGCGGGGGCAGCCGCGUGUGUCCUUCGGCGGCGCGGCGGCUGCCGAGAUGGCGGCGGCGGCGGUGGCGGCCGCGGAGGGCUCGCCGCAGCCGCCGCACCCUCGCCGUCCGUCGGUGGUGGGCAUAGGCAUGAGUGGCGUGACCGCGGUGCCGGCAGGCGUGGCGGGGACAGCGGGGGUGCCGGCUUUCCAGGGCUCGCCGGCGAAAGCACCCCCUGGGGACGCGGACCGCAGCGUCCGCAGACCCAGGCCCAGCAACACCAGCGGCGGCAUCCCGGAGGCGGACGGCGGCCCGGGGCCGGGGCUGGGGCCGGGGUCGGGGCAAGGCAGGCCGCCGGGCAAGGGCCGCGGGGGCCGCAAGUCCAGCACCGGAUUGGACGACGCCGCGGGAGUCAGCACAGUCGCAGCCGCAGCCGCAGCCGCAGCCUCGCCGCCACCCGCGGUGGGCGCGAGUGCCAGCGGGCCAGGUGCGGGAGGCAAGGGCGCAGAAAGCAGCCCCGGCCGCGCACGCCGGGAAUCCAGGCGGGCCGCGGCCGCAGGUGGUGGGGCUGCUCAGGCGGCGCCGUCAGAGCCCGAGGCGGCUGCUGCCGCCGCGCUAGGACCAGCGGGGGCAUUAGGAACAGCAGCAGGUGCGGCGGCCUACUCGCCAGCCAAGUGGGUCGGCGCAGAGUCCGACGGCCGCCAGCGGGCAGCCGCGGUGCCGCCGCCCCGUAGGAGCAGCUCUCCAAAGCUGGGGCCCUCCAGCCAGCCCCCACAAGAACCGCCCUCGCGGCAGCCGCCACGGCGGCCGUAUGCAGAAGACGGAGUGGUCGCAGCAGGAGGAGCAGCAGCGGCGGCAGUAGCAGCAGCAGUGGUCGAAUUGCCAGGUGCCGCCAGCUCCGGCCCUGCGCCGCCGUCCGCCGCCGCCAGCCCCAUCAAGCUGACGGCGGCGGCGCUGGCGCUGCACACGGCCGGCCUGCACGGCACUGCGGCCUGGGAGGAAACGGCGGCAGCGGUGGUGGCGGCGGCAGACGCGGAGGCGGCGAUGGAGGCGGCAGCAGUUAAGGAAGCGGCUGAGCAGCAGCAGCAGCAGCAGCAGGAGCGAGGCUUCGAGACGCAGCUGUCUCUGGCGCCGCGCGCCUCCCAACAGCAGCAGCAGCAGCAGCAGCAGCAGCAGCUGCAGGCGCAGGCAUCGCGCGGGGCCUCGGCGCAGGGCGCGACAGCGGUGCGGCAGCUGGAUGCGUUCCUCAGCUUCGGCCUUCACCCGCAGCCGCUCAUGCAGGAGUUGGACGUACGGGCGGCGCUGGGCGGCGGGGCAGGCGCAGGGGCAGGGAUGGCGGCGCGGCCGACGGCCGCGGCCGCUGCGGCGCCGGCGCCGGCGUCGGCGUCGGCUGCUGGCAUUGGCGCCUGGGCCGCCGUGCGCACGGCGCGUGUGUCAGAUGUGUCUGGUGUGGACAACGCAAUUGACGGCCUGGCUGGGUUCGGCGGCCCCGGCGGCUUGGCUGUGUGUGGCAGCCCCGUUAUCCUGCCCGACGCGGCUGGCGGCAUCAUGCUCACCUCCCAUUCGCGCCGCAACUCCACCGGCGGCGGCGGGCCCACCUCCCCGGCCUUGGCGGCGGUGCUGGCGGCGGCGGGCGGUGGCAGCUUCAUGGGCUCGCCUGCCAGCCCGCCGCCGCCCGUUGGCAGUGUGCGCACUUCGGAGGCCGGAGACGGUGUGCGCAUCGUGGGUAGCCGCCGCACGUCGGACGCGGGCCUCAGUACACGUCUGCGCCGCAUGAGCAACCUGUCGGACACCACCGCUGGCGGCGGCGGCGGCGGCGGCGGCAGCUUUGUGCUGGCGGCGCUGAACCUGGCGGUGGCGCAGUCGCUAACAAGCGGCGCCGCAGCCGGCAGCGGCGGCGGUUUUGGCCACGGUGGCGGCGGCGGCAGUCCCAGCGCCAGCCGCCACCACAGCACCAGUGGCGUGCCGGGAGCCACGUCACCACUGCUGAUGCAGGUGCAGCUGCAGCAGCUGCGGCAACAGUACGCGCACAUGUACGGCGGGCCGGCCUCGCCGUCGCCGCCGCCGGCCGCAUCGCCGCCGUCGGCGGUGCCGGCGGCGGCGGCGGCGGAGGCGGCGCCUGUGCGGCAGGGCUACCGGCCCACGGCAGGCAGCCUCACUGGUAGCAUGAUGGGAUGCGGAGCCGGCGGAGGCGGACGCGAAGGCAGCGCACACGGCGGCAGGCCCUCUGACUCGUCAGCGGCGGAAGACUCGCCGCACCGCCAGCCGCACCCUCAUUCGCACCCGCACCAGCCGCACCGCCGCCGCACCUCCACGCAGGGCGUUGAGCGCAGCCGCCUGUCCAUGGAGCUCGGGCCCAGCAAGCUCGCGCUGGAAGCCGGCAUCACCACCACUGCCGUGGCGACGGGCGCCUCGGCCUCGGCAUCGGUCGCUGCCAGUGACGGACCCCCCGGCGCCGCGGGCACAUCCUCCACGCCUCCACACGAGGUCCCAUCCGCGGCAGGGGCGCUGUCACCAGCGGGCACGCCUGCUGCCCAUACCCCCGCAGCGCAAGUCAGCGGCGGCGAAGCGGCCGCACAGUCGUCACAUCCAUCGCUGGUGGUGCCGCCACCGCCCCAGCAGGACCCAGCGCGCAAGGCCAGUGCCGGCGGCGCCGGUGGCGGCAGCGCCGGCGCAGCGGACGAGGAGUCCGGGGCGCUGGGGAUGCUGUCGCCAUGCCUGCCGCCGCCACCGCGCUCUGCAAUCCUGGAAUCAUCGCCGAAUGCCGGUGAUGAAGCGAGCGUUGGUGAUGGCGAUGGACGCGCCAGGCCGCCGCCUGCUGGGCCCCCGGCCCCGGCAUUGCAGGCGGCACCAGCGGCUGAGGCGGCACGGCCAUCUGCGCUCCAGCACUCUUCCUCACGCGGGGAGCGCCGGCGGGCCACCUUCGCGGUGGCGCAAAGCGAAGACGACGACGGCGGCGGCGGCGGCGGCGGCAGAGGCGGGGCCGGCACCGCCGGUGACGCAGCGCCGGGCGAGGAUGACGGACGCAAGGUGUACGUCCCUGCGCGGGAGCGCGCUGCCGCCGGCGCUGCCGCCGCUGCGGGCGCGCCUAGGGGCAAGAGCGCGCGUGGCAAGAGCGCGCGGCGCACCAACCGACCCCUCGCCGGCUCCGGCGGCGAAGGGGGUCUUGACAGCGUCGACGUCGUCACACUGGACGACAUACGGCAGCACCGCCGCAGCCACUCCCGCCCACACCACCACUACGAUGACGGUGAUGAAGACGCGCGGCCCUACUCCGCCGCCAGCCGCCGCAGCCGCCACGACGCAGGCGCUGGCGGCCGCCGCCGGGCAAGCCACCGCCGCCACGCCGCCGGCAACGGCAAUGACUCGGACGGCGGCGGCGGCGGCGGCGGCGGCGAGCCUGACUCUGCGCUGCGCUCGCUGCGGUCCGGCCGCGGCCGCAGUGAGAGCAUGAUGUCGCGGGCGUCGCGCAGCAGCCGCCGCGGCGGGGAGCGAGGAGACCGCGGCGACGGUGACGGCGGCGGCGAGGGCACCGUGGCGGCGCUGUCGCGCGGUGGUGGCGCGGUGGUGGCGCGCGCGGAGCGCACCGGUCGCAGCGUGGUGAUGGAUGUGAUGGUGGUGCAGCGGCCGGCCCGCCGCAACUUCCAUGGCGAUCGCCGCGUCAGCGAGUUCGACGCACCCGACUGGGAUGAGGACGGCCACGGCGGCCGCGGCGGCAGCGACGACAGUGACGUUGAGCAGCUGGGGAGGACGGUGGGGCGUCACGCGCUGCCGGGCGCGGCGGCGCGCUCGCGCCCAACCACGGCGCGCGCGCAGCGGCCGACCACAGCCACGCCGCAGCGGCCCACCACGGCGCGGCAGCGGCCCACGACGGCUGCGCCGCAGCGGCCGACAACCGCCCGCCAGCGGCCCACUACGGCCACGCCGCAGCGGCCGACGACGGCGCGGCAGCGCCCCACCACCGCCUCCCGCCGCGCCGAUGACGCUGGGCGCGUUCCCCAUGGUCCGGCGCCAGCCUCCGGCGGCGGCAGUCGCCGCCCGGCCGGCGGCCGCCGCGCGUCAGAGUCCGGGUCUGACGCCGCCACGGACUUGAGCGACCUGAGUGACCUCAGCGGCAUCUCUAUUUUCAGGAAGGACGGCAACCACCGCAAGGCCGCAGGCAGGGGCACCAGCGCCGCCGCCGCGGCAGCCGUGGCCACAGCGGGUGUGGCUGCGGCGUCGGCGGCAGCGGCUGUUGCGGCCGGCGCGGCCGCGGGCGCCAGUCGCAGCGGCGCCUCCUUCUUAGAGACGGCCAAGGCCCUGCUGAACAGCGUGGCUGGUAAGCCCAAGGCGGGAGUCAGUGGCAGCUGGGUAGCGCCGCGGCGGCGCAGCCUGCGCCCAGACGGCACCGCAACCAUUUCCGGCGGCGCCGGCAGCGGCCGCCUCGGCGCCGAUGCCGACGCGGCGGCGGGCGCCGUGCGUGGGGCCAAGUGGGGAAUGGGCGGGGCUGGCGCGGAGGCCGGCGAGGGGUAUGGUGCAGAGGAGGAGGGCGGCAGUGAGGAGGAUGGGCUGGAGAACCUGCGGAGUGCCAGCCGCGUCAGCCACCUGAGCCGCUCCUUCAGCUCCAAACACCCCAGCCAUGCCGCCGCCAGCCACCGCACGCACGUCCGCCGGAGCAGCAGCGCCCGCGCCGCCGCCGCCGCCGACUACACCAACGACAAAGACGGCAAAGACGUCGGUGCCGGCGGCCACACCGCCACCACCACCACCACCACCACCACCAAAAAACGCCAUGGUGACGAUGGCGGCGAGGGCAGUGUCGGCCGUGCUGGUGCCGGCAGCGGCCGCAGCCUGCUACGUGUGGACAGCCGCAUGUCGGCCAGCAACAAGCCCUUCACGGCGCUGGCAGACCGCCGCCGGCCGCCGCGCACCGUGGGCUUCGCAGGCCGCGGCGGUGGCGGCGAGGAGGAGCUUAUCGAGGAGGAGGAGGCCGAGCACACAGAUCAGGAUGGGGAGGAGGAUGGGUAUGGGCAGGAGGAGGAGGAAAAGGAAGAGGGCCGCGCCGCCAGCGGGCUCGCCAGUAAGGCCAAGGCGUUCCUGUCAGACACCAACACCACCGCCGCCUCCGCCGCGGCGGCGGGGUCUGCCGCCGCCGCCUCCGGUGCCGGCCCCCGCGCCGGGCCGACCAUGGCGAUGGUUCGUGAGGCGCACGCGCAGCUGCAGCGGCAGAAGACGGCUACCGGCGGCGAGGGCGAGGCGAGCGGCGAGGAGGAGCCGGCCCUGCGGCGUCAGGACGCGGGCGCGGACAGCUACAUGCUGCGCAUCUUCGGCACCGCCUACACCAAGGUGGCGGGCACCGACGGCGACGAGGGCGGCGGCGUGCUCAAGGUGUGGCUGCACCCCUACUCCAGCGUGCGCAUGCGGCUGGACAUGGUGUGGGUGGCGGUGGGGCUCCUCAUGAGUGUGGUGGUGCCGCUGCAGGUGGCGUUCGUGACGCCCGCCACCGCCCUGCCCUACCUGGUGCUGCUGCUGGUGUGCAGCGCCGCCUGGGCGGUCAACAUCGCAGCCAACUUCCUGACGGGCUACGACGAGGACGGCGUGGUGGUGAUGGAGGCGGCGGCGGUGCGCGCCCGCUACCUCCGCACCUGGCUGCUCCUGGACCUGCUGGGGGCGCUGCCGUACGUGGCCGUACCGCUGGCCGUGUGCGGCUCCGUGCAUGCAGGCCUGCCGGAGGAGGCGGGAGGCGGCGGAGGCGGAGGGGGAGGGGGAGGGGGAGGCGGGGGCGACUGCACUGUUCGCUCGGGUCAGAUGCUGCGGCUGUGGUCGCUGCUGGGGCUGGCCACAUUGCCGCGGCUGUUCCACUACCUCAACAAGUGGCAGGACACGUGGGACAUUGACAUCCACAAGAUGCGGCUGGUGAAGCUGCUGGGGCUGGCCAUGGUGUUCACGCACCUGUUCGCCUGCAUGAGCUACUUCGUGCAGCUGCUGGAGGGCUUCCCCUCGGAUGGCUGGGUGGUGGUGAACGGGCUGGACGGACUGGGGCCCUGGAUCACCUACAACUUCGCACUGCUGCGCUCGCUGCAGCUUGUGAUGGGCAGCAAUGUGGACAACGUGUCCACCAGCAGCGACGUGGAGGUCGUGUUCACCAUCGUGUGCUACAUCGUGGGAGUGUUCUUCUACGCAAUGCUGAUUGGUGUGAUGUCCUCCAUCGUGCUGUCACUCAACCGGUCGGGCCAGAUGUAUGUGGAGAAGCUGCAGAUCUGGCGUGACUACUGCCACUACCGGCGGCUGCCGGGCGAGCUGCGGCGGCGGGUGAUGGCCUACAUCAACACCGCCCACUCCAACAAGCGAGUGCUGGACGACACAAGCAUGCUGCUGGAGCUGUCGCCCGGCCUGCGCACGGACGUGAAUCUGCAGCUGUGCGCGGAGCUGGUGGCCACGGUGCCGGUGUUCCUGGAGUGCAGCCCCAUUGUGGUGCGCGCCAUGGUGUCCAAGCUGCAGCGUGAGACGCACGUGGCGGGAGACUUUGUGUUCAGGGUGGGCGACAUCGCCGACGCGGUGUACUUCAUCCUCAAGGGCACGGUGGCCAUCAGCGACGAGACCGGGCAGCUGCUGACGCGGCUGGCGCAGGGCAGCCACUUUGGCGAGUUUGGCAUCCUGGCGUACCUGGACGGACAGCUGGGCGUCCGCACCGCCGCCGCGCGCGCCGAUGACUGUGUGGAGUUGUACAAACUGCACUGCGAGGACUUUGCAGCGCUGGCCGACUACUACCCCGAGCUGGUCGACUUCUUCAGAGACGUGGCCGUGGUUCGGUCCGCCUACAACGCCACGCUGCGAGCCAACCGCGCCAUGACCGAGUACGACGACGAUGAAGACGAGGAGGAGUAUGAGGACGAGGAGGAGUAUCGCGAUGACGAUGACGACAACAAAUAUGACGACGAGUAUGAUGAUGAGGAGGAUGACUAUGACGCAGACGACGAUGACGACGGGCAGUCGCGUGGCGGCGGCGCACGUGCCAAGGUGGCGGCGGCGCACCGGUUGCUGAGUAGCAGUGAGGAGGACGGCGAGGGCGAUGACGACGACGGCUAUGAAGACCUGCUGCGGGCUGACGUGGCGUUGGGCAGCGACCUCACAGUCCCGGGUGGCGGCGGCGGCUCGGGUGGGAUCGGCGGCGGUCGCAGCCGCAGCAUCACCGCCGGGGGGCCUGGUGGCGGCUCCAGCCGCCGACGGCACCAGCCGCACCUGUCGCCAUCGGGUAGCAUGGGGCGCAGCACAGGCAGCGGCGAGGGCGGGGUUGAGGGCGGCGAAGCGGCAGCGGCGGGCUCGGCGGCGCGCGGCCUGCGGAAGAACGGCGGUGGCAGCAUGCUGCGGCGCGCCCUGGGGGCACCAGCCGAGGGCGAGGGCGAUGACGGCGUGUCGGCCUCCGGCGGAAGCGCCGCGGCUCGGCGCUCGGUCAAGUUCUCCAUUUCCAUCCCGCCCACGCCCACAACACCGUCGGGAGUAGCGGCUGCGGCCGCGGCUGGGUCUGCAGCCGACGGCAGCGGCGGUGGCCUCAGCGAGGGCGGCGGCAUUGGCGAUGCUCAUGGGCCCACGCCCGUGCCUGCGCCCAUCAGCGGGAGUGCUAGCGGCAGCGCUGGCUCCAGCCCUGCCCGCAGCCCCGGGGCCCACAGCACCGGCGGCGCCGCGGCCCUCGGCGCCUUCUCCUCCCUGCCGCUACCGCUGCCUUCCAUGCGCACUUCCAUCGCCGGAGUCUACGACGGCGCGCCCCCGCGCUCGCCGGCGCUGCUGGCGGCGGAGGCCGCCGGCGGCGCGCCGCCGUCAGUGCUGUCCGCUACCAGCAUGCUGCUGGCAGCGCUGCAGGGCGGCGGCGGCGCCGCCGCCAGUAGUGGCGGCACCGGCCUGAGCGCACGCAGCCUCCUCAACCGCAUUGCGCCGCAGGAGAGCAUGCGGUCGCACGUGACGGUGUCGGACGCAGGCGAGGAGGCGGACGGCCCCGCGGACCACAGCGAGCCCAACUCGCCGUCACCCGCGGCGGCGCUGGCGGCGCGGCCGGCGGCGCCCUGGUCCUCCAACACGGCGUCACGGCUCAGCAUGCCGCGCCGCAGCGCCUCGGCCUCGCUGGCGGCGGCCGCGGCGGUUCGAGCCAUCCCGCUCCCGCCCAUUCCGGCGGUUGGCGCCGCGGCGACGGGCACCUUCGGUGGCCUGUCGCCGCCGGUGCCGGCUGCGCCUGGGGCCGCAGCGCCUGGCGGCGGCAGCGGCGGCGCGUUGCCGCAGGUGGGGGCUCCUCCGCUGGGACGCGGCGCGUCGCGGCUGCGGCAGAUGGCGAGUAUGAAGAACUCGGUGGCACCGCUACCAGCAGUGGCGGCGGCGGCGGCGGCACCGGGCACGUCCACCGGCGGCGGCGCCGCCGACCAGGGCCCCGUCCAGUUCGCUGACCUGUUGAUGGACGGCACCAUUGGCGGCCCCGGCGCCGCCGGCAGCAGUCCUGGUGGCGGCGCCGGCCACGGGCUUGACGGCGAGGCGGCGCCGCCGACGGCGGGCCCCGAGGCCGCGGCGGCGGCGGCGGCGGAGCUGGCCUCCUCCGUGCCCAUGCUGGCACGGAUGCGUAAGGUCACUGAUGUCGUGAGCUUCCUUAAUGCAGUAGCCGGCGGCGGCGCCAGCGGCGGCACCAGCCCGGCCGGUGGCACCAGUGGCGGGCUGUCGCCUGGCGGCUUCCCUGCCGGCGCCAAGAGCCAGACGGGCAGCGCUCUGGGACCGCCUCCGCCAGCGGCGGCGUCCAGCGGGCGCGGGUUCGGCGGCGGCAUGAGCCCAGGUGGCGGCGGUGGCGGCGGCGGUGGCGGCAGUGGCGGUUUCAUGCGCGCGGCGACUACGCUGGUGGAUGGUCCGAUCGAGGCGCCCGAGCGGCCCACGCCUCGCACGCGGCACCACGCCAACGCCAGCCACGGAAACAGCAGCAGCAACACCGCCGCAGGAGGAGGAGGAGCCGGCGGCAGUGGCCACACCAGCACACACGUCAGCACCGACGGCAGGCCCAGCGGCUCCGGCCCGGCCCCUACCUCCGCUGCAGCAAGCGGCACCGGCAACGGUGGAGGCGGAGGCAUGACGGGUCUGUGGCAGAGGCUGAUGAAGCACAAGCCCGCAGGCAAGGAAGCGGAGACGUUCGAGAUGGAGGGGGCGCCAAGCUUCGGCAGCACUGCUGGCGGCACGGGUGGCGGUGGCCAUGCGCGUGGCAGCUUCAGCGCCGCGGCAGCAGCGGUGAUGGACCUGAGGCGCAAGAGCCAGGCGCCGGGGCCGCCGCCGGCCUCGCGUAGCGGCGGAUCGUUCUUCUCCGCUGGAAUGAUGAAAGACAACAGGGCCCAGGCGCAACUGGCCGCUGACCUUGAGGUGGGCGCGGCGCCACCCGGGGUGGCGGCCGCCGCCGCCGUCACCGCGCUCCGCGUCGCCUCGAUCACAGGCGUCGCCGCCAGCCGCCUCGGCUCCAUCUCCGCAGCCGCCGCCGGGCUGCGCCUGCCUGGUGCCACCGCCAGCAUCACUGGCCCGUCAGCGCUGGGGCCUGGCGGCGCCGCCAGCGGCCAUGGACACGGCGGCGGCGGCGGCGGCGGCGGCGGCGAGCGGCCGUCUGGCGGCGCCCACCACGGCGCCGGGCUGCGCGGCAGUACGACACGUGACCUGUUGGCGGGCGGCGGCGGGGCGUACCAUGGCCAGCACCCGCGCGGUCCGGGCGUGGUGAACUUGGGGUUUGGGUGAGGUGGGUUUACGGGAGCUGGGGUGAGGUGUGCAACUUGAGCUGCAGAUGCCGUUGAGAGCAGGGAGGGUCUAACCCCACGGUCUAGCCCUGGCAACCGGAGAAUAGUUAGGUGGUUGCUGCGGCGGUGUGCCCGCGGUGCUUAGGUGGGCUGCCGGGCAAAUCCGUCCGAUCCCAAACAGCCGGGCGGUAUCUGGGGCGCACCAGAUAGGAAUGCAUGCAACGAAUGAUUUCAUGUACGGUGCGCGAUGCAGUGAGCAAUGUGCGAAUGCAUACAAUAAGUAGUCAUGGUGACCUGCGCUUCUUAAUUCAGCAGGACGUGUGGGCACUGGCUGCGGCGCACGUAGUGAACGUGGUUGAGCCGGGUCACCUGCACGCACCGAUGCUUACCUGGUGGUGUUGGACAACGAAACGGAACGAGACCCGCCCAAACGUCGGAGAUACUUACGGAUACCGAUUGAUUGGGUUGUGGGGCACGGGAUUUCAUUUACCGUGCAUGCAUUCAUCAUUGAUGUGGUGGGGUGAAGCGUAUCGCGUGCUUAUAUUGCAGCACUGAAACAGUGCACGUACCGGAGUCAUAGCCUCGGCCUCGGCUCUGCAGCUAGGCAGGCGUGCGAGUACCGCACCUGCGACCUGGUCAUCCCCUGUGUGUUGCUGUGGGAGUUGAAGGGCCUGUGCCCAGCGGUCACACUCAAGUAUUAUGUGCUGGAGUCGUAUACAUGGGGGCCAAUGUAUUCAUGUCACC